AUGCUUCCCCCAGCACUCAAUAUUCCCAAGUGGCUCGAAGAGAACUCCCAUUUGCUGCAACCACCAGUCAACAACUACUGCGUCUAUCACCCGUCAAGACCCGAAACAGCCGGUUACACAGUCAUGAUAGUGGGCGGGCCCAAUGCCAGAACUGACUUCCACAUCAACACGACCCCAGAGUUCUUCUACCAGUACCGAGGGUCAAUGUUGCUCAAAACAGUUGAUACUACAACCACACCUCCGACCUUUCAAGAUAUCCCCAUCCAUGAAGGCUCAAUUUUCCUACUGCCCGCGAACACACCGCACUGUCCCGUACGCUUCAAGGACACUGUUGGUGUUGUGAUGGAGCAGCCACGAGCCAAGGAUGCAGUCGAUAUUAUGAGGUGGUACUGCAAGAAAUGCAACGAAAUCGUGUGGGAGAAGAAGUUUGUAUGCGUUGACCUGGGGACGCAGGUUAAGGCUGUGGUUGAGGAAUUCGCGGCCGAUGAAGAAAAGCGCAAGUGUAAAGCUUGUGGGGAAAUUGCUGCAUCAAAGUACCAGGAUGGAGAAAUUAUACAACCGCCGACUCAUCUUGAAUAG